AUGAAAUUGUUUGAUUCAUUUUUUAAACAUGCUUUGAUAAGAAUAAAUAAAAGGAAUAUAAUAUAUUUGAAUGCCACUAGGUACUAUUGUAAUAACAUAAAUUAUAAUGCUUUAAUAAAUUUGUUAAAUAAGAAAAAUGAUAUAAAUAAAGAAAUAAAUGCCUUAUAUUCUUUAUUAGAAAGAUUGUCAAAUUAUAAGUACGAACAAUAUAAAGAUAAGUUAACUCUGAAAAAUAAUAUAAAAGAUGAAAUUAAAAUAACAAAUGGUGAUAAAAUUAAUAAUAUAAAUGUUGAAAGGGAUAUGAAUAUUUCUCAUUUGGAUCAUCAUAAUAAUAAUAAUAAUCAUCAUAAUAAUCAUCAUAAUAAUCAUCAUCAUAAUAAUCAUCAUCAUAAUUUUAAUGAUUAUAAAAAACUAAUUGAUAAUUGGAAAAAUGAUAAAAUAAAAAUAUUUAUAAGCUGGUGUCCCGAAAUUGUUGAAGAUAAAUAUAAGUCCAAAUGUUUCUCUAUACCAACUUAUAUCACAUUCCAUAUUGUUAUAUCUAAUAAUGAUAUUAAGUUGAAUAAUAUUUUGCAUAAUUCUCAUGAAUAUGAUAAUUGGAACUUUAAUAAAAUAAUACAAACAAUAAGUAAUCAUAACAAUUUAAAAGAUAAAAAAAAGGAAAAAGAAAUUGGACAACAACAUUCACAAGAAUAUAUUGGAAAUUUUAAAAAGGGAGAUUCUGAAAUACCAUCAUAUGAUUUCAAAGAAUCUUUAUUAGAACACAUAAAUGAAUCUUCACAAUUAAAUCAUUCCAUAUUAUCUCACAAAACAAAAGAACAAAUCUAUCAUACUAAUAAUAAUAUAAAUGGUAAUUAUAAUAAUGAUGAUGAACACAUAAUUAACAAAUGUCAACAUAAUAGUGAUUAUAUUCAUGAUGAACAUAUUGAAGAAGAGGGAAAGGAAAAAAGAAAACAAAAAAAAAAAAAUAGCAUAAUAGAAGAAAAAAAAAAAACAAAAACAAAAAAAAAAAAAGAUGAAGAAUCUCAUAAUAAUAUAAUAAAUUAUACUAUAAAGAAAAAAACAAAUACAAAUAAUUCAUUAUAUAAUAUAGAAUCAAUCUUAAAUAUACCAACAACUUAUGAACAUAAUAUACAUUAUGAUAAAUGUAUACAUAAAGAACAAAAUCAUAUUUUUUUCUUUUCCUUUAAUAUAUCCGAAUUAAUAAUUAAUGAUCAAGUAAAAAAAAAAUUGAAUGAUUGUAUUCAACAGAAUUUUAUAAAACAAAAUAUAUCAAAUAUACAUAUGGAUGAUCUUUUUUUAUUUGUUGUAUAUGAUUAUAAAAAUUUAAUACAUAUAUUUAAUAAUAUUAAAUUAAAAUUAAUAAAUAUUAAUAAUAUAUUUGAUAUAUAUAUUAUUAGUUCACUAAUACAAUUAGUUCAAAGAGGGGAAAAAUUACAAAAUGUGUAUAAUGAAUAUUUAAAUGUUAAACAUAAAAUUCUUAUACCUAAUAAAAUUAAUGAUAUACAAAAUUUAAGUCUUUAUAAUUUUUCGUAUUUUUCAAAGUUUGCUCCUGAAUUUAGCGAUGUCAUAUCAGCAAAGUUUGGGUUAUAUGGUUGGGGAAAAUAUCAAAAGAAAAAAGAUAAGAAAAAUAAAAACCAAAUUGAAAAUCACGAAAAUAAUCAAAAUAAUGAAUAUGUUCAAAAUAAUGAAUAUGUUCAAAAUAAUGAAUGUGUUCAAAAUAAUGAAUGCGUUCAAAAUAAUGAAUAUGUUCAAAAUAAUGAAUAUGUUCAAAAUAAUGCAUGUGUUAAAAAUAAUGAAUAUGUUCAAAAUAAUGAAUAUGUUCAAAAUAAUGAAUAUGUUCAAAAUAAUGAAUGUGUUAAAAAUAAUGUACACAAUGAUGAUACAUAUGUAGACAUAUCAAAUGAGAGAAAGAAUAAGAAGAGUAAAGAAGUCAAAAACAAAAAAAAGAUGGAGAAAAAAAACAAAGUAGAAAAAGAAAAACAAAAUUAUUUAAGUUUUACUCCUCAUAAUAUAAAUAAUCUUCAAGAUAUUAAAAAACUUGUAUUUGGGAAUAAAAGAAAUAUAUCAGAUAUUACAGAAGAAGAUAAUAUAUGUUAUAGUAUAUCACGAAAUUGUUGUUUAAUUUUACUAUUUGAAUAUUUCAUAAAUAAAUUAGAACAUAAUAUCAACAUACUAAAUUUAUACAUCAAAGUUGAACAACCAUUAAUAUUAUGUAUAAGUCAUAUAGAGGAAAAAGGAAUCUUCUUGAAUCAAAAUAAAAUUGAAGAGAUACAAAAAAAAUCAGAUGACCCUUUAAUAUAUAAAAAUGAAAUUGAAGAAUUAUGUAAAUGUAAUAUUAAUUUGAAUUCAUCCAAGCAAGUCUCUUCAUUGAUAUAUAAACAAUUAUUAGACAUAUCGAUUAGCACAGAUAACACGGAAGAAAAUAUGGAAGAUGUAGAUGAACAUACAGAUCACCAGGAAGAAGAACAUGUAAAUGAUCAUAAUAAUGAAUGUGUAGAUCAAUUAGAAGCAUAUACUCAAACAAAGCAAAAAGAAAGAAAAGACAUAUAUAAUAAUAAUAAUAAUAAUAAUAAUAAUAAUGGAAAUAAUAAUGAAAAUAAUAAAAAUAAUAAUGAAAAUAAUAAAAAUAAUAAAAGUAAUAAUGAAAAUUAUAAUUCAAGUAAAAAGCAUCCUUUAAUAACAAAUACUAAUAACGAUGAUACAUCUAGUCGUAAUGCACAAGAUACAUCUGGCCAAUAUGAUAAUUAUAUAAAUGAACAUAAUAAUUAUAAUAAAUUUAUAAAAAAUAAUCCUUUUUACUAUAAUAAUAAUAAUAAUAAUAAUAUUUCUAAUCGUAAGCUUAUGAACAAUCUUGUAAACCUUAAUUACACUUCAUUAUAUAAUAAAAAGAAAAAUAGUCAUCCAUAUGAUGAAAAUAAUAAGUUGUUUUUCCUCAACAGCAGCCAUAAUAAUUAUAAUAAUAAUAAUAAUAUUAACGAAAUGAGCAGAAACAAAAAUCUCCAAACCAAUAAUAAGUCAUUAAAAAUUCUUGUAGAUGAAAUUGAAAAAAGUAAUUAUAUAAAAGAAAAGGAAAAAGAAAAAUUAAAAAAAAUUAUUAGAAAUAUUAAAUUAUAUAGAGAAACUAAAAAAUUAGUACAAAAUUAUAUAGAAAAUCUCCCUAAAUAUAUACAAAAAAAUACAAAUAAAAUACACUGUAAUUUUAAUCAAAUUGGAGCUUCAACAGGAAGAUUAUCUUGUGAUCAACCAAAUUUGCAAAAUAUACAUUCACGAUUUCGUUGUGCUAUAUCUUUAAAAGGUAAGGAAGAAAAUGACACACAUGAUAAUAAUAAUAAUAAUAUACCACAGAUUCAUAUAUCAACUAAUAAUGUACCCAUGAAUAUUAUGUCAUCUACAUAUCCUUUAUAUACCAUGAAUAAAAAAAAUUUAAUCACCUUCGAUUAUAAACAAAUGGAAUUAUUUGUCAUGGCAUAUCUCAGUUUUGAUGAACAAUUAUUGAAAUUAUUAAAUUAUAGUGAUGUAUUUAUCGAAACAGCCAAAGUACUAUUUAAUACUCAUGAUGUUACAAAUGAAUUAAGAAGAAUGACCAAAACUGUUAUAUAUGGUAUAUUAUAUGGACAAACUGAAAAUGGACUAGCCAAAAGUUUAUUAAUUAGCGAUACUUUGGCUAGUAACCUAAUAGAAAACUUUUUUCAAUUUUUUCCAAAGGUAUAUCGAUUUAUGCAAAUGCAGAAAUUUUUAGUCAAACAUAUGAAUUGUGUUUAUACACUUAUAGGAAGGAAAAGAAUAAUAUUACCAAAUAUUAAAAAUAAAUAUAGGAUAAGUAUGAAUACACCUAUACAAGGAUGUGCAGCAGAUAUUAUGAAAUUUUCUCUCUUGUCAUGUUUUAGUGUUCUUAAUAAUAAUAUAUAUAAUAAUAAUAAAUUAUUAAAAAUGAAUAAUAUAAAUCCUUUAAUGAUACAUAAAAAUCAAGCCUUUUUAAAUCCAACUAAUUUAAUUUUGCAAGUACAUGAUGAAUUAUUAUUAGAAAGUGAACAUGAUGCUACAAAAUAUAUUAUACAACUACUAAAUCCUAUAUUAGAAAAUGCUUUUUAUAACUUAAUUUAUUAUACCAACUCUUUAGAUAGACUUAAACUAUUAUAUGAUUAUAUGCAUGAUAAUAUUUCUAUCAAAACAUAUAUAGAUAUUUUACAAGAUAUAAAUAACAAACAAUAUAAUGAUGUAAAAAUAUACAAUGGUGUAUAUAAUACAAAUGUAUCAGAAGAACCACACAUAUAUAAUAUAUCAAAUAAUGUGGAUCAUAUAUUUCAAAAAUUUAAUUUUAAGUUGCCUAUUAAAGUUGAAUCAGGCGGAGUCUACAAGGAGUCUUCAUAA